CGCACUCCCUCUGCCUCUCCCCCCCAUCAGCGACCCCACCUCCGUCGGAUCACCACCACCACAUUCCCAGCCCAUGUCCGCAAGACAAGUUCAUGCGUUCUCCCGAUGUAACGCAUUCGUCAGUAUCGCCAUUGGCGCCCGGCGAAGGAGCGCUCGACCUCGCUUCCGCCGUGUUCAACCUCCCUUCGUUGGUGUUCGGAGACUGCGCCUUCUCGUUCGUCAACCUACAGCCGGAGCCUGCACAGAGGGUCGGAGCGGACGGAGGAUAGACGGUGGUGGUGCAGAAGAGUUUGAACGUCGAGAAUUGGCGGGCGUUGUCGUCGAGCUCGCUUCUGAUGGAGCGUUGCUUCACGUUGUCUUGGAGUAAUUUCUUCAGUAGGUGCGCCUGAGAGGUUUCUUGACGACAUUUAGUGUUCAGGAGUCCGAAAUCCGAAUUGAAAUGUGAACAACUUUUUAUUUUUAUUUAUUGAAUCGACGAUGAAAAAUCAAGUUGCAACCAACCUAGUUCUACACUCAGUGAUGAACAAUACUGCGACAGUACCAUGAACGAUAUUUUCGUUACAGUAACUGAAGCCAAAUCUUCUACUUUUUUCACAUGUCGUAUUUAUGAAAUGGUUCUUCAGUUUUUUCCUCGAGCUGUCUAGGCUGUCUCCAUCUCUCUGCUUGUUAGUUACCACACGUUCCCUCAAUAGAUUCAUUCAUCUAUCGUACUUUCUUCAAGGGUAUGGGCCACUCCACAUCACCUCUGUGACCGUUGAGGGAAAGGUUACGUUGCGGUCGGACUGCGGCGGGCACCGCAACACAACGAUAUGGAAUGCAUCCAUGGUUUUUAUCUGUCCCUUACAGAUCACAGUAAAUUUUGGAGAUUUUGUGUUGUGUUUGUGUACUCAAUUUAGACAAAGUCCCCCAUUAGUUAACGAGCCACGGUGCGGAUAAGUUUUCUUUACGAGGCAAUCUCCUUCGGUCAAAUCACUUGACCCAACCAGAAAAGUCUCUGGUCCACACUCUCCAAGCCAAUCGAGUAUAAAAGUCUUCCUAACUUGAAAAACGCUAUUCAAGAUCUCCGCUCUGCUCAGUUUUCCAACAUUUACAUUUUUUUAAUCGAAUAGUCUUAAUCCUCUCCAACCACCACUUUUGAGCUUUUGACCGAGUCCAAUUUGGAGUGCUUGGUGUGUACAUCAAGAGGAAGAGUUCGAAAAGACUAUAAAUUGCUGCAUUGGCAUUCAGCAGAACACACCGUGAGAGACAGAUGGAUGAGAACAGCGAGGUUGUACUGCUAGGGACGUUUGGUAGUUCCAGCAAGCGGGUCGAGCUCGCCCUUAAACUUAAGGGCAUUCCUUUCGCGUACGUGGAGGAAGACCUGAAGAACAAGAGCGACUUGCUGCUCCGCUCCAACCCCGUCCACCAGAAAGUGCCAGUGCUCCUGCACGAUGGCCGCCCGAUCUGCGAGUCGCUUCUCAUCCUCGAAUACAUCGAGGAGUACUGGAGCAAUGCCCCCAAGCUCCUCCCUGAGGAUCCUUACACUAGGUCACGAAUCCGCUUUUGGGCGGAUUUCUACGAUCAAAAGGUGAAGCGGGCAACGUACCUCGUCCUCCAGACCAAAGGGAAGGAUCAAGAUAAGGCUCGAGAAGACCUCGUUGAGCAGCUGAGGGUGUUCGAGGAGGGCAUUCAGAGGGACUUUCCUUCAAAAUCUCCAUUCUUCAAUGGUGAGAACUUGAGCUUUUUGGGCAUAGUGGUCGGUGUAAGUGCUUGCAACUACCAAGCCUUUGAGGAGGCCACUGGCAAGAUCAGCGACCGAGAGAGGAAUGCAUUGUUCUUCUCUUGGGCGGAUGAAUUGAAGGCACACCCUUUCAUGAGCGAGAAUCUCCCACCUCAUGACAAGCUGGUUGCCAAAAUGAAGACCUAGUUCUUCCGAACUCCAAAAGUCUAGAAUGCAAGUCUUCUCAGUAUUGUUUGUAUUGCUUCUCACAGGUGUGUAUCAAGGCCAUCGCAAUUAGCAGGGCGUUGUGCUAUACAUUGUAAAAUACUUUUAAUGAAACACGCCACUGCUACGAUAGCACCUUAUUUUGUGAGAUC